GGUGUGUGUGCCUUCUUUCUCCUCACACGGUUCAGACGGUUCAUGUCCAGUCCAAUAUGGCCGGCUCAGAAGUAGCACAGAGCAGUGAAGACGAGGGGAAACCGAGAAUGCCGACGUCGCUCGACGAGGCACUGGAGUUCGAGGAGUCCGAGAUGGAAAGCGGUUUUGAACCCAGCGAGAAAAGCGAUGAAAAAACGAGUCAUCCCACAAGAGUGCUGUGGCCUGUGUCACAAACGGAAGAGGCCACAGCAUCGCCGCUGUCACCUGUCGGAGGUUCAUCAAACGCAGAUAGUCAGCAACGUACGCUAAAGCCUGGGAAUGGCACUUCUGGUGCUGGUGGGUUCGCUUCUUCGAGCCCCUCGGGCGUGGAGAGUAAAGACUACGCGAAGCUGCUCUUCCCUGAGCUUUCGGUGGACACGUGUGUAGACUUUUCUGACGACGGCGAUGAAAAGGAGCGGCCACUUUCAGAGUCCACCGUUCAGAAACUGAUAGGGGACGAAAAGCCUGAGGAAGUUGAAAUUCUCGUCGCGCGUGGGCAGAAGCUCACCACCCUCGACAGAGCGAAAGGCGCGUGCGACUGGCAAGUCUUCAAAACUCUGUCGACUCUCUCGCUUUCUCACAACAAGCUAACAGACAUUACACCUCUUUUGGUCCUGGCUCCUACCCUGGCAGAUGUGAACCUAAGCUUCAAUAGAAUUACGGAUAUCUCGCCGAUCUUUGCAUGUAAGGCGCUUCGCCGGCUGUGGGUGGCUCACAAUCAUGUUCGGUGCAUUCGGGGCAUUCGGAAUUGCCAAGGCCUCGAAAUUUUGAAUCUCUUCCAGAACUGUCUUCGCGGCCCCUUCUCCUCUCUUGUGACUGAAUUAUCUCACCUUCCGGGCCUCCUCGAACUUGAUCUCGACGCGAAUCCGUUUCUCUCUGCUUCGCCCUCUGACAGCGAUCACAGUUUCCAAGACAGUCCGCCACUGGGACGGACAGCCCUCCGUUCAGACCAGAACGGACAAGCCGAAACCUCCGCACACCCCGACGCAAAGACACAGCCCGCGUCGUCUGUCUCCACUGUCUCCUUCUCUCUCCAAGACUCAAAAAACAAGCUCGAUCUGCUGCUCCAGUGCUGUCCCACCCUUCGCCUUCUAGGGGGCGUCCCUAUUUCUCGCCUGAAACCCCCGACCAAGAUACUUUCUGCUUUUAAAGACCUCGCCUGCUCUUCCAAACGCAGCAGGGAUCCAUCGGAAGGGGAGCCGCAUUCGACAGAUCUGCACUCAUCGCCUUGCUCUCUUCGUGACGGCUUCUUGCCCGGGAGCCCUGCAAAGUGCCUUCGGACCGCACAGUCCACUCACCCUCCUCUCUCUUCCGACGCGUCCUCUCCCCGAGCCCGCGGCUCCUCUCAGGAAGCCUCCAGUCCUACAGGGAGCCUGAAAAUGGAACUUGGAGACGAACGAGACUCAGCAGGAGAUGCGUUCGGAAGUGGGCAGGAAGAAGACAUGCUCUGGGACGAAGCCCCUGAGGAGGCCGAGCAGCCCAGUCUCGCCUCGCUGAAAAGAACUGUGAAACUGCUGAAGCAAGAAAACCGAAACAUGUACGACCUGAUGGAAGAGAAUGCGCGGCUGCGCAUGCAGUUGCGUCUAGGGCCGUUCCGACUUCCGGCUUCCGCGAGAAGAAAAGUGCCGUUGCUCGCUCCUCAUAAUUUAUUGGUAACCACUCCUGCCUUCUCCGGUCCCGGCCUCAGAUGCUUCAGUGCCCGAGACGUGGAAAGCAGCGAAAUGAAGGUCAAAACCUCUGUCGCUGAAGAGGCUUUUGCAGUGAAACUUUCGCAGCCAAGACCGAACACGGCGAUGCCGAGCUUCCUUCCCGCUGCAGACUCCUCGAACGACGAACGCGAAUCUUCUUCGCCCUCUCACCCAAGACCCUCUGCCGGCUCGACGGCGGCGAGUGUCGAGUCGCCGUUGCUGCCUCGAAAGGCGCUUGGGCGCCAGGUGUCUUGCGAGCCUCGACAAAAGGCGGAAGUUUGUUUUCGUUCUGUCGAUGUGCCCGACGUGGCUCGUUCAACUCUUCCUUUGAUGGGAGAGGAAGGGGAAGGACUGAAAUGCGGAUCGACAGACGGCGCAGGUGACGAGGGGGACGAGGAGAAAGGACGUGCAAGGAUGAGAGGGUCUCUCGAAGACGAAGGUGAAAGCAAGGAGAAUGCGCAAGGGGAAGAAGAAGACAGUCGAGCGGCACAGGAAGCUAGGGAAGCAGAAGCAGACAUGCUACGCUGGGAGAACGGGGUUCUGAGGAAGCGUUUGGAGCGUCUUGUCGCCUACGUGGAACUCCUUCGAGUCGACUUGGACGCGUCAAGAAAAACACGCAAGCCAACGAACGCCUCCUCGGAGAAUCCCCAGGCCUCGACGUUUCCGAAGUCUUAUGGCAACGCCCGUCACAGUUUCUCUGCUUCUGCUCCCCUCAACAAGUCGAAGUGUGCCCUAACCAUGCUCACCUCUUCGCCCCAUUCGCCUUCCGCUCUUCUCUCUGCUCGCGACGUUGAGACGCGUUUCCCCGACGCAGAAGAGCCAAGCCUUUCGCUGAACGACGACGAGUUUUCGCCUUCCUCGCUCUUUUCUCUCCUCGUCGACCCUCCCGUGACGAAGGCUGCCUCGAGGGCUUCCAAGGCCUCAUUGGCGCUGGCGAGGACUGAAGCAGACCGCGCAGCUGGCGGCUGCACGCACAGCGAGAAGCAGUGGCUCGACACAACGCAGAAAACAGACGGGGAAAAGCAACACACCUAUCUGACGGCCUACAGACAGGCCGUAGGUGAAGAAGCGGAACUCGACAGUCUCCAAACGAGACCAACAGGUGACAGUGGGGAAGGCAACGCAGAAACCGGAGCAGAAGGAGAAGAAGAAGAGGAGCAGGUGCCGGAAAAGAGAGAAGACAGUGAAUUCGGGGCGGUCAUUGGAGAGGAAGGCAGCGACGCAGACCUCGAGGCUUUGCUCAAGAGGAACGAAGAAAACCUCAAGGCUCUGCGCCGGGAUCUGCGGGAGACGGAAGAGAUGCUUUCGCGCCCUGCCUCUGCCACUUCCUCAACUCCUCUUCGGUUUCAUCCGGAGUUCUCGUUUUCUUCUCCGUCGACUGUUCUCGACGACGAUCCUCCACGUCAACCACCGGCGUCCUCUCAACGUCCGCCUCCUCUUCCUCGCCCAGCAACGAAGCAGAGUGCAACGAAAUCCAUCAAACUCGACAAAGGUGCCUCUCCCUCGCCAUUUGCUUCUCGCUCACUUCACUCCACUAACUCUUCGAACUCUUGUCUCUCUUCUCAGUCUUCUCGAACGAGUCUUUCUCCGCUUACUUCUUUCGCCUGUCCUCAAUCAACGCGGCCUCCGACCAAGAGUCAGAGUGCCGAGGCCGCCACAAGGGCGGCCCUCUCAAUGCGCCUCGCGAGACGAUUUGGGCCACCCGCCACUGCCGGAGAGAAGAAAGGAGGUAAGAAGGAAGAGAAGAAGGCGACGACCGCACUCCUUUCUUCUCGGUUGGCGAGUUCCCUUCCUUCGGCUGGGGAUCGCGGGCAAAAAAGCAGUUGCUUGCUCGUUUCUGAGAAUCCCCUGCCGCGACCGAAGAGCCCACAAAGAAGGACGAAGGCGUCGCCUGCUCCAACUGUCACCGACCGGAUGAGGGAGAGGUCCUCGGGCAAAGAGUUGCCAAGAAGAGAGAGCGAAGAGUCAAGACCCUCAGCAGGUUCCUUCUCUCGUCAACCACCGGGCCUCCAAGGUGACACGAACGCCUUGAAGCAGAAGCAGAGAGUGUACCCCCCUUUGCCAGCCGACGCCUUACCUCCUCCUCACUCUCUGGCCUCUCUGCUCUCAAAGAGGUUCGUGACCGAACCCGCAGCCCAACGCGAAAGCGGAACUCCCUGCAGUCCUUCACAGAGGAUUGACCAGCCCGCAGACGCACGGUGAAAAGAGAAAAGCUGUGCACCGCGCAGGUGGGAACGACGAGGAAAAGCAAGAAAGAGUGAACUCAACCACCCGAAAUGGACUGUCUGUGCACUCGAAAGAGCUUCUCAAGAUUCUCGCGUCGGCACACGGCUUCAGAGAACCCUGCCGUUGCAACACUGGAACGCAUGUGAGUUGGACACUUCGAGGAGAAGGAAAUCUCAGAGGCAACGAAAGAGAGGAACAGAUGGGCCUGCAGUCCUGCAGCCAGGUGAGGCUUUCUGAACGAGAACAUGCGCAUCGACCUGAACGAGGACGAGAGAGAAAGUGAAAGCGCGUUUGAGGGGUAUACCGUGAGACGCGGAGGAGGAGGCGCGUGGCGGUCACUGUGGCCAUGUUUAAAGACCUCGGUCCCCGCCGCUGUCUUCGCUUGAGUCUCCGUUCUUGUUGUCCUCGAAAGGUCUCUGGUCACGCUUUCCCCUACUUGUGAGUUUCGCUCUUGAAACGCGCUCCAUUUCCACAGCGGCUCCUGCAUGCGCUUCUCUUCCUCUAGGGCGCGCCAGAAGAGUUGAACUCCUGUCUCAAACCUCGAAAAGCAGCCUUUUCUGGGCAUAUUUGCAGUCUUGAAUUAUAAACAAGAUGAAAUCUCCAUUCAACCACUCAACUGUUGCUGCUCUCCGUCUGCCUUCUUGUUCGCUUUCCUCUCCGAAUUCUUCGUUUCACGCAAGUGCAAUCAACCUCGGUUCGGCUAUACACCUCCGGAAGUCACAUUACCUAUAAUUACAUCAGAAAAUUAGAACGACGUAUGUAUGGAUAUGUGUACAAGUCUACUCUACACAUGUGUAUAAUCAAUAUAUAUAUAUAUAUAUAUAUAUAUAUAUAUUUUAGGGAUAUAUAUAUAUAUAUAUUUUAGGGAUAUAUAUAUAUAUAUAUAUAUGCCUUGGAAGUACGUGAAAAAGCGUGGCUCUUCGCGGGUUUGGCAGGCCGAAGCGUGAAAGAAGUCUUCUCUUCAGAAAUCGAGUCGCACAACAUUCCAAGUUUCCGUGUUUCUCGAUC